AAGACAGAAGGGGGCGCGAGGUUUCAUUAUAGAUGGCUGUGAGCCACCAUGUGGUUGCUGGGAAUUGAACUCAGGACCUCUGGAAGAGCAGUCAGUACUCUUAACCACUGAGUCAUCUCUCCAGCCCCUAGCACUUACUUUCGCUUAGUUUAGUUUAGUUUUGUUUUUAAUUGCGUCCCUCCUAAAAAGCCAUUUAUGCUUCGCGCAGAUUUCUGGGAAAUGUAGUCCUUGCGUCUUUGACGUCACAAGAUGCCGUCCAGGAAAUCUCAUUCGGGUUUAGGUCUCCACAUGCGUCCCUUCCUGAAAGUUGGGCGAGAGUCUUGCCUGCUGCGCAUUCCUGUUGCGUCUCUGACUUGGAGGAAAUGCUCUCCUUCUGGGAUGUGGCCGUUGAUUUCUCUCCAGAAGAGAGGGAAUGUCUGGAGCCUGCUCAGUGGAAUCUGUACAGGGAUGUGAUGUUGGAGAAUUACAGCCACCUUGAAUUCCUGGGUCUUGCUGUCCCUAAGCCACACCUGGUGACAUUUCUGGAGCAAAGACCAGAGCCUUCAGAUGGGAAGAGACAAGCAGCAGCCACAGUGCAUCCAGGAACAAAACCCAAUGAUCACAGCAGUUACAACAAGGCCAUUGAUUGUAACUCACUACAGAUUCAAUGUCCGAGAAUUCAUACAAGGGAGAAACCCUACAAGUGUGAAAAAUGUGGUAAGGGCCUUAGUUCUUAUAAAACACUUUCUAUACAUCAGAGACUUCACACUGGAGAAAAACCCUACCCGUGUAAAGAAUGUCACAAGGCCUUCAAUACUCGCUCAUCCCUUUUUAUACACCAGAAAAGUCAUACUAAUGAGAAAUCCUACAAGUGUGAAGACUGUGGCAGAUCAUUUUAUUAUUCUUCAAUGCUUAAGCAACAUCAAAGAAUUCAUUUGAGAGACAGCCAACACAAGUGCAAAGAAUGUGGCAGGUGUUUUUUCUCAUUGUCAUGCCUUAGACAGCAUCAAGCAAGAUAUACUGGAAAGAAAUCAUACAAGUGUGAAGAGUGUGGCAAAUGCUUUUACUCCCCUUCAUCCCUUCGGCAACAUCAAGCAAUUCAUUCUGAAGACAGUCCCUAUAAGUGUGCAGCGUGUGGCAAAACUCUUUCCAGUUUUAAAUUACUACAAAAACAUCAGACAUUUCAUACUGGAAAGAAAUCGUUCAAGUGUGAGAAGUGUGCCAAAUGUUUUUACUCCCGUUCAUCCCUCCGGCGACAUCAAGCAAUUCAUUCUGAAGACAGUCCCUACAAGUGUGCAGCGUGUGGCAAAACUCUUUCCAGUUUUAAAUUCCUUCAAGAACAUCAGACAAUUCAUACUGGAAAGAAAUCAUACAAGUGUGAAGAGUGUGGCAAAUGUUUUUAUUUAUCCUCAUCCCUUCGGCGACAUAAAGCAAUCCAUUCUGAAGACAGUCCCUAUAAGUGUGCAGCGUGUGGCAAAACAUUCUCCAGUUUUACAUACUUUCAAGACCAUCAGACAAUUCAUACUGGAGAGAAAGCAUACAAGUGUGAAGAGUGUGGCAGAUGUUUCCACUUAUCUUCAUCCCUUCGGCGACAUCAAACAAUUCACUGUGAAGACAAUCUCAACAAGUGUGAGGACUGUGGUAGAAGGUUUAAGUCUUCUUUAUCCCUUCAACAACAUCAAACCAUCUAUUCAGCAGACAGUCCUUCUACCCGUGUACAUUGUGGCAAAUGCUUUUCCUAUUCUAGGGAUCUUCAGGGUCACCAAACAGUUCAUACUGGAGAGAAACCCUUCAAGUGUGAAGAAUGUCACAAGGCCUUUCAGUGUCCCUUAUCCCUUAGUAGACACAUGAGAGUUCAUACUGGAGAGAAACCCUACAAGUGUGAAGAAUGUCACCAAGCCUUUCUUUGUCCCUCAUCCCUUAGUAGACACAAGAGAGUUCACACUGGAGAGAAUCCCUACAAGUGUGAAGAAUGUCACAAAGCCUUUCGUUAUCACUCAUCCCUUAAGACACACAAGAGAGUUCAUACUGGAGAGAAACCCUACAAAUGUGAAGAAUGUCACAAAGCCUUUAAUUGUCCCUCAGCUUUUAGGACACACAAGAGAGUUCACACUGGAGAGAAACCCUACAAGUGUGAAGACUGUGGAAGGUGCUUUUCCUCAUCUUCAAACCUUAGACGACAUAAAAAAGGAAAAAUUCAUUCUGAAGAGACCCCAUAACAUUGUGAGAAAUUCUUAAUAUCCUUAUUCAACGUGAUAUAUUUAAGCCAGAGAGAAAUCCAACAAAUGUCUUUAAAAAUUUUCUUCCUCGGGGCUGAAGAGAUGGCUCAGAGGUUAAGAACACUGGCUGCUCUUCCAAAGGUCCUGAGUUCAAUU